UUUAACAGGCAGUAUGACAUUCACCUGGAUGGACAGGGCACUCUUGCUACUUAUGAACAGCUAAGGCAGGACGCACCAUUUACCGCGGACUCUGAGAGGUCACUAACCGCCCCGCAAGGAUCCUCACGACCGCGGUCACAGCCCGCCGCCCGCCUAGCGCUCCCUCCUCGGGGAUUGACGUCAAGGCCGUCCGGGAGCAUGCGCGGUGCGGCCCCUGAGCCGGCUGGGUCCCCGGAGAGCGCAGAGCGUGCGCCUUCGGGAAUCUUCGGUGCGCUACGUCUGUUCACCCGUUGCUUGGGCUUCUGACUAGAAUUGAGGCGUCGGAGCCUGUCACUCCCGCCCUGGCCUGGGCCUGUAGCGCCUGCAGGAGCGCUGGCUCUGAUCACCUGCGGUCUGGGUGUGUGCCUCAGUGGCCGCAGCUGCCCGAGGGAGAGAGCUGGGAGCGCGGUGUCCUGGCGCGCGGAAGCCCCGCACCUCUCGCGUCAUGGUGAAGAAGAAUAGUAUCCCCAACGGGUGGAGGACUGUGACGCCAAUUGGACAUCCUCUACCUGGAACACGAUUUAUUGCUUUUAAAGUUCCUUUAAAGGGAGCAGUUAAUCAGAGACUUACUCCAACCCAGAAGUUUACACCAAAGGAUUUGGUUAGUGCAAUAAAAGCAUUAAAUGUGGAGCUUGGAUUAAUUAUCGAUCUAACAUACACCACAAGAUAUUAUGAAGUUAAGGAUUUACCUAAAAGUAUUCAUUAUAAAAAACUUUAUACUGUUGGACUUGAAGUCCCUGACAAUGCUACUAUUCUGCAGUUCAAAAAGUGGGUCAGAAAGUUCCUGUGGGAAAAUGCAGAAAAUGAUAAACUCAUUGGAGUUCAUUGUACCAAUGGAAUUAACAGAACAGGAUACCUGAUAUGUAGGUACCUUAUCGAUGUUGAAGGCUGGGAUCCAGAUACAGCAAUUCAAGCUUUUGGUGAGGCCCGUGGUCAUCGAAUAGAUGGAUGUGUGUACUUAAAGGAUCUCAAAACUCGACCCAUGAGAAGUAAUCUUGGAAUGGAUGUCUGGGAUUCUGAUGAAGAUGUAAAUCCCCCAUCUAAUUCUUUGGAAGAAUCUGGAGAUUGGUCCCCAAAUGAAGACUUCCAUGGCAGGACUUCGAAAAGGUCAAGGCUUCUUAAUGACCAGCACCCUCGAAAUGAUGUACAGAUAAAGGAUUAUGAUUAUGUCAACAAUGGACCUGCCCAGAAGCAUGGGGAUUUUUAUAAACACCAGUGUAGUGACAGCAUGCCAGAAGAGAGACACCUGAGAAAUUGGGAUUUGGGUAACAAAGGACCAGGACCAAGAUGUUCAUUCUUUGCUAAUCACCAGUGUUAUGAUGUCUUCCAAGAGGAAACAGAUUUCAAUAACAAGAUACACGGAACAAGACCAAGACCAUUUCAUGAUCACCAGCCUCACAGUGACUGCCAUGAACCAGAUGCUGGAGAUGAUUUUGAUUUUGUUAGCAAAGUUGGUGGACAAAGGAGACAUUCCAUUCAGAAAUAUCAGGCCUAUAGUAACUGUUGGGAACCAUUUCCAACGAAAGAUCCUGGUUUUAUUAACAGAAGCUGGGGACAAAAACGACGACCUUUCUAUAACCACCGUGAGUACCCACUUCAUGGUGAUUUUCAGGACCAGUUACUUGUACAAAGUUCUCAUUUUCUCAAUAGAGGUGGUGGUUUUCAAAGGCAGAAGCCUUCCCACCAGGACUAUUUUCAUGAUGAAAUGAAUUUGGAAGAUUUAGAAUAUACUGAUGAAGUAUCAGCGCACACACGAGGAUCUCUACGUGAUCAUUCCAACAAUGAUGUCUCAGAGAAAAUGUCAUUGAAAAAAUAUGUUAAUAGAGGUCAUGGACAAAGACUACCACCUUUUCCAAAGUUUCAAAAACAAAGGCAGUCAAGUAAUUUUGAUUUCAACAGUGGAACAGGACCAUGGCACAUAUCUUCCUGUAAUCACCCACCUCAUGAUCCACAAGAACAGAUUCUAUUGGAAGACUUGGAUUUUGAACAGAAAACAUCCUUGCAGAGGCCACGAUCUUUUCGGGACUCCCCAGUUCCUGAUAACAUAAAUCCUGAUUGGCAUUUAGAUAAACGGGUGUAUCCAGAAGAUGAUCGAAGAAUACAUUCUUCACAUGGAUUUAACUGCAGGAGACAGAGCAGACUGACAACACAUUCUUCACAGGAACUUCCAUCUUCAUGUGUAUUCCAAGAACAUAAUUCAAUUGACUAUUGUAGAGGCAGAUAUCCAAGAGAUAUGGAACAGCACAAGAGGUCAUAUUUUUAAGCUGCUGCUUAUAAUUAUAGUAUGCCUGUCAAUUGCAGAGCUGGAGAGCAUUAUGA